AUGAAAUUGUUCAUUAUUAUUUUAUUGGCGUUGAUAAUCAAUAUAAGUCAAUCAAUUGUAUUUCUAUAUGAUACAGAAUUAAGUCCUGGUAGAGAAGAGUUUCUAUGUAUUUAUUAUGUUCAAAACUUUACUAUAAAAUAUUGUGCUCGAGCAGGUAAAGAUAAGGAAGUUCUUUCUUUCAACAAUAGUCAUUCAAAUUGUGAAAAAUGGAAAUUCUCUCGACUUCUCCAUGAAAAUAUUUCACCUUGGCAAGUUUUAUCAUGGAGUUCAAGUAUUGAAGAAGCUGAACGUUAUGCGCAUAUAUAUUAUAAUCGAUCAAUUAAUUUUGAUGAAAAUGAUUUUUUAUGUAAAUGUACAGAACAAUCAUCAUUUGGCAGAAAUUGUGAAUUUCAAUUAUUAUUUAAUUCAACAGUGUUUAGUGAUGCUAUUGAAAUUAGUUUUAAAGCAAAAGAAAAUACCGAUGGUCAUCAAAUGUUUGGUAGUAUUAUAUGCUAUGAAACAUUAGAAUGUAAUUUUGGUACGUUAUGUCUUGAUUGGAGAAAUAUUUGUGAUCGAAUGCAAAAUUGUAUGAAUGGUAUUGAUGAAGAAAAUUGUCAUUUAUUAGAAUUUAAUGAAUGUGAAGAUAAUGAAUAUCGUUGUAUGAAUGGAAUGUGUAUUUCACAAGAAUACUGGCUUGAUGUCGAAAAUGAUUGCAUGGAUUGGAGUGAUGAAUUUUCCGGUGCGUUAUCGUCAGAAGAGUGUGCUCUUAAUCCAUUAAUUAUCGAUUGUGAUGAUCAUCUAUGUCUAGAUGGAUAUUGGUCAUGUGGAGAUGGACAAUGUAUUUCAAUAUUAGCUCGUCAUAUCUAUCAAUCAUUUUACAAAGAAAAUUUAGGUUGUUAUAGUAUGCGAGAAUAUUAUGGAAUAUGUGAAACAGCUACUCAUAUAUCGUUGUGGACAAAACAGAAUGGUCUUUGUGCUGUAUCGGGUUAUAAUGAUAAGUCUUUAAAGGAUUUCCGUCAACAUAACUUUUGUUAUUAUCUAGUACGAUGUGCUCUAUCAAAAGGUGCCGAAAUUGAAUGUCCAUGUAAUGGUGUAAAUUGUAGUAUUUUAGUGACUGAUAACUGUAGACAAGGCAAUGGAGUUUCCUUUCCACCACGUGGUAUCAUUCGUCCAUGGCUACGGAAUUUGUAUAAUUUUGAUAGAAAAUGGGAUAAUACUUUACCAGACUCAAUUCUAGUUUUAGGAAGUUAUCGAUGUCGAGGAUUCAUUGGUAAUAUAACGACGUUUGAUUUUUAUUCCAUUCCUACAUCAAAUUUAUUUGCUGAUACUAUUAUCGAACGCUAUUUUUGUGUGCGAACUCCAUUAAUAAAUCGGGAUUAUCAAUCAUUAUUUCAAUAUUCAAAUACAUGUUGGAAUGAUUCAUUGACAUUUAAUGGUCAUCCAUACGGUUUUAUUGAUUUCUGUCAACUAAAAUUUCAUUGUUAUUCACAAUAUCGAAUUCGAGAUGGUUUUCGCGAUUGUAUAGGCGGUGAAGAUGAAGGUAAUCAUUCAAUGCCACAAACAAAUUAUUGUUAUCGUAUUCAAAAACAUCGUUUUCAAUGUUCUUCUCAACAAUUAACUUGUUUACCAGCAAAAUAUCUCGCUAUAAAAAGUAAUAUCAAUUACGGCUGUAUAAAUAAAUAUGACAAAUUCUUCAAAGGUAACGGUCGUGAAAUAAGGACAAUAGUUUGCAGGAAAAAUACUGAUAAUAAUGAAUGUCAAUCACUUCGAUAUUAUAUUGGUAAUUCAUCUCUUAUUAAUGGAACGUAUAAAGAUGAUAAAAAUGAAAAUGUAGAUCAAAGUUCAACUUUAAAACCUUUUCGAUAUUAUUGUGACAGUUUUUGGGAUGAAUUAAUACCACAUUUAGAUGAAGAUCCUCUACGAUGUCAAAUAUGGAUUUGUAAUAAAGAACAAUUUCAAUGUCGAACUGGUCAAUGUAUUGAAUUAGAAUGGGUUUGUGAUGGUGAAUGGGAUUGUUCAGAUGCAUCUGAUGAAUUCAAUCUUAAUAAUAAUCUAUCUGGUCAUAAUAAACGUCUAACUGGUUUAAAUGAACGUAAGAUACAAUGUCAAACACAUUAUGCAUUAUUACCAUUUUUUGAUAUUUGUAAUUUUGAUUAUGAAUAUCCUUGUUUUCGAUCAUUUGUUUCUAAUCCAUUAGAUAUUCAUAAAUAUCGACCCUGUAUCAAUCAAACACAAAUUGGUGAUAGAAUUGAAGAUUGUUAUGGAGGAAUAGAUGAAAAAAAUAUAUUUGAAGAUUGUCAAUCAAAUAUGCUUGGUUAUACUCUUCGAUGUGGUGAUAAAUGUCAAUCUUCUCUUGAUGCAUGUGUACAAGGAGAUUGUAAAACAUCAUUAUUGUGUUUUUACAGAAAUGAAAGUAUACCAUCAUGUUCGAAAUCAAAAGAUGUUAUUUGUCUUAAUGGAACAUGUAUUCCAGAUGGUCGAUGUAAUAAAAUUCAUCAAUGUUUACACGGAGAAGAUGAAUAUUGGUGUCCAUUAGAUAAUACAUUAAUAGAUUUUGCUUAUCGACAAAAAAAACGUUCAUUUCAACUUCAAAAUAUUCCCAAAAUUCAUUUAUUGAAUUUUCCAAAAGAAAAUCAUCAAGAUUUUCAAAAAAAAACAACUCUUAAACUUAUUUCAUCACAAUUACCGCAAAAAGAAUUAAAUUAUUUGUCAUACACAUGUAAUCAAGGUUUAGCUGCUUAUGUUCCAUCUAUGCAGGAUUAUUUCUGUUUGUGUCCACCUUCUUAUUAUGGUGUUUCCUGUCAAUUCUUUUCGGAUCGUAUAUCUAUUAUUACUCAUUUUGAUUUAGUAACGUUACCAAAUGAAUAUAUGAUAAAUUCAUUCAUUAUAGUUGUAACAUUACGUUUCAACAAUAUUAUUGAAGAUCACACUUUACUUUAUAUUAAUCCAUCAAUAUUAAUUCAUAGAUCUCUAAAACAACGUUUUUAUCUUCUAUAUUCUCGAUCAAACAAUUCUAUAAACUAUAAAAGAGCAAGAUAUUUUAAUAGUACUGAUAUUCGUUAUCAUCAUCCAUAUUCUGUACAUUUCAAUAUAUUUUCCUUAUUAACAAAUAAUCGAAUCAAUGAACUUGGUUCCUUUAUCUAUCCAAUUUAUUUUGAUUUUCUUCCUGUUUUUCGUUUAGCAACUAUUCUAAAAUUUCCAUCAUGGUUUGAUAAUUCAACUUUUGAUCCAUGUUAUUCAAAUCCUUGUAAUGAAAAUUCAUUAUGUAAACCCAUCUUAAAUCAAAAUAAUUCAUUUUACUGUUCGUGUAAAUCUGGUUAUAGUGGACAAAAUUGUGAAAAUUAUCAUUCGAAAUGUUUAUCCUAUUGUGCUCCUACAGCUUUCUGUCGACCUGGUUAUCGUGGUGAAAUCAAUGGUCCAACAUUACCUCUAUGUAUCUGCUCAUUAGGUUCUUUUGGACCUCGUUGUUAUUUACGAAAUGAAGUAUGUCAAUCAAAUCCAUGUGGAUUGAAUUCAACAUGUCAUCCAACGUAUGAUCCCAGUGGUGAAAAACCAUUUAUUUGUCUAUGUUCUGAAGAAUAUUAUGGUGAUCAAUGUCAAUAUGAAAAAGUUCCUGUUUAUAUUCGAAUGAAUUUGACAACAACAACUUUAUCAGAUACAAUAAUCAGUGUUAUUCAAUUUUAUGAUUUAACAACAGCGGCAAUAUCAUUAAAAUUGCUUAAACAACAAGUUAAACAUGGUAUACCUAAGAUAAUUCGAUAUAAUCAUGGAAGAAAAACAUCACCACCAAUUGCAAUUCUUAAGACUUUAGAAGCAUUUAGUUUUACUUUAGAUUCAUUAUUAAUUUCCAGUUCAAUAAUUAUUCAAUUGAUUUAUAUUAGUCUUGCUUUUAUUCUUUUAAUUAUUGGAACUUUUACAAAUUUUUGCUCAUUUUUAACUUUUAAAAGAAAACAAUCUCGAAAAUUUGGUGUUGGAAAUUAUCUUUUGAUUAUAACUAUUCUUAAUCAAUUAAGUUUAUUUUGUUUAUUUUUUAAAUUUCUCCAUGUUCUUUUUGGAACAAAAGGAAAAAGCAAUGAUAUAUCUUGUAAAACGAUUAGUUAUCUUCUUUCAAUUUUCACUCGUUCAACAUAUUGGUUAACAAGUUGGGUAACAAUUGAUCGUUUAUCCCUUAUUUUAUAUCCAACAUCCGUUUUAUUAAAAAAAUCUUUUCUAUCAAUAUCUAUAACAAUUUUAACAUUAAUCAUUAUUUGUUUUAUGCAUUUUCAUGAAAUAUUAUUUUAUAAAACAAUUUCACAACCCAAUUCAUCAAGUUUAUUAUGUAUUACUCGAUUUGAUCAAAGUUCAAUUUCUAUUUAUAAUCGAAUCAAUACAUUGAUACAUCAUCUUUUACCUUUUUCUAUUCAAAUUAUUUCAAUUACUUUAUUAGUUAUUUAUGCUGCUCGUAGUCGAUCAAAAGCUUCAAAUAAUAAUAAAAUAACAUUGAGUCAAUUGAUAAAAAAACAACUCUUUCUACAAAAAGAACUUUAUAUAACACCAACAAUUAUAAUUAUGGCUUCUUUACCACAAGCUAUUCUUUCAUUUAGUUUAGCUUGUGUUCAAUUAAAUGAGUUUAAACAACAUUUACUUCUAUCAUCAUUUCUUCUUUCUUAUUCACCACAAGUUCUUGGUUUUAUUCUUUAUGUUCUCCCGUCAAGUGCAUUUAAAGAAGAAUUUAAUCAAACGAAAUUAGCAAAGAAAUAUUUACAUUGCUUUAUUAAAACUUCACCUAAAUAA